AUGACACGUCCAUAUCAUGGUAUCAGACACGAACUGACUGUUAUUGAUGACAUUAUCCUUCGCGGGUCCCGUAUCUUGAUGCCAACGUCUCUCCGAGAACGAACUUUGAAACUAGUCCACGAAGGGCAUCAGGGCAUCGUGAAGACAAAACGACUGCUAAGAGAAAAGGUCUGGUGGCCUGGCAUUGACCAAGCCAUAGAACAGCUAAUUCGUACGUGCAUUGCAUGCCAAGCCCAAGGUCCAGUAUCCACACCACCGCCCCUUCACAUGACGACUAUGCCAAGUCAGCCAUGGCAAACUCUACAUGCCGAUCUGUGCGGACCGUUUCCCAGUGGAGAAAGUCUUCUCGUCAUG